GGCUAACGUUUAGCUGUACGUUGUUUUUAGAAACGUGCAAGAGCUUCCACAUCUUAAUCUUUUCAACCUCUCGUCAAACCGCAGCUUCUGUAGUCCGUCGAACUAUCCCGAAAGAACCUCGUCAAUCAUCUACUGCCUUAUUAGAAAGCUGGUCUUUUCUUCCUUUUAUAUCAACCAGUCCUCUUCCCUUUUUUGGACCAGCUAUCCAACUACGUCAUCUCGUAUCGUAUUUACCUGACUGAUCGAUCGGCUAGCCUCGUUCUAGGUAAUCGGUGGUGGGGUUGUUAAUUUGGUAGCAGCAUAGAGGGCUCCACUAGAGCAAACAUCGCCAAGCUGGGGAAGCGCAAACACGAGAACGGAGAGUUGCCUUUCUCCCCUAAGAGAACCAUGACCGAUACCAAAAUGGCUUCGGGAAUACCUGAGGUCGAUCUGGUCACCCGCGUCCAGGUCGACAACUCCGUUGUAGGCCAGACCGAGAUCGACGAAUCCCUCUAUAGCCGACAGCUUUAUGUCCUUGGCCACGAGGCUAUGAAGCGCAUGGGCGCUUCGAACGUCCUUAUAGUUGGUCUGAAGGGUCUUGGUGUUGAGAUAUCCAAGAAUAUCGCUCUUGCCGGUGUCAAGAGUUUAACCCUCCACGACCCGACGCCUGUUGCCAUCGCCGAUCUGUCCUCCCAGUUCUUCUUACGCCCAGACGAUGUUGGAAAACCUCGGGAUGUAGUUACGGCUCCUCGUGUGGCUGAGCUUAACGCCUAUACUCCUGUCGGCAUUCACGAAUCGCAUAGCCUUGGCGAGAACUUCUCUCAGUUCGACAAGUAUCAGGUCGUAGUCCUAACCAACACCCCCCUUAACCUUCAACUAGCCAUCGGCGAUUACUGCCACUCGAAGGGCAUCUACUUCGUAGUCGCCGAUACAUUCGGACUUUUUGGCUCCAUCUUCUGCGAUUUUGGUCCCAAGUUUACAUGUCUCGAUGCGACCGGCGAAAACCCCAUCAAUGGGAUUGUAGCCGACAUCGACGAGGAGGGAUUGGUUUCUGCCCUAGAUGAGACGCGUCAUGGCUUAGAGGAUGGUGAUUAUGUUACUUUCUCCGAAGUCAAGGGAAUGGAGGGCUUGAACAAUGCCGAGCCGAAGAAGAUUACUGUUAAAGGUCCUUACACCUUUUCUAUUGGCGAUGUGUCUGGAUUGGGCCAAUACAAGGGCGGCGGCUUGUUCCAGCAGGUCAAGAUGCCCAAGUUUAUCGAGUUCAAGACAAUUUCUGCGGCCUUACGCGAGCCGGAGUUCGUCAUCUCUGACUUCGCCAAAUUCGACCGACCACACCAACUCCAUGUUGGUUUUGAGGCAUUGCAUGCUUUUACCCAGUCGCAGGGCCGUCUACCCCGACCAAUGAACGAUGAAGAUGCCGCCGUUGUUGUCGCAUCCGUCAAGGCUUUUGUCCAGAAGGAGAAGUUAGAUCUCGAGGUUGAUGAGAAGCUUGUCAAGGAACUCAGCUACCAGGCUCAGGGCGACUUGAAUCCCAUGGCCGCCUUGUUUGGUGGUCUGACCGCCCAGGAGGUUCUCAAAGCUGUGUCGGGCAAAUUCCAUCCUAUCAAGCAGUGGUUCUACUUCGACUCUCUGGAAUCACUUCCCACUAGUGUUGCUCGAACUGAGGAGCUAUGCAAACCGAUCGGAUCUCGAUAUGACGGUCAAAUCGCUGUCUUCGGUAAAGAAUACCAGGACAAAAUCGCUAACGUCAGACAAUUCCUCGUCGGUGCGGGUGCUAUUGGAUGCGAAAUGCUCAAGAACUGGGCAAUGAUCGGGUUGGGCGUUGGACCCAAAGGCAAAAUCACGGUUACUGAUAUGGACUCGAUCGAGAAGAGCAACCUGAACCGCCAAUUCUUAUUUCGCCCUAAGGACGUUGGCCAAAUGAAGAGUGAUUGCGCAGCCAAGGCCGUUCAGGCCAUGAAUCCCGAGCUUGUGGGUCAUAUCGAGUGCUUGAAAGAUCGAGUUAGCCCUGAGACUGAGCACAUCUUCAACAAGGACUUUUGGGAGUCUUUGGAUGGUGUCACUAAUGCGCUUGACAAUGUGGAGGCGAGAACAUACGUCGACCGACGAUGCGUUUUCUUCCGCAAGCCUUUACUCGAGAGCGGUACUCUCGGUACUAAGGGCAACACACAGGUUGUUCUCCCUAUGUUGACCGAAUCGUACUCGUCCUCGCAGGAUCCUCCUGAGGUGUCAUUCCCUAUGUGCACAUUACGAAGUUUCCCCAACAAGAUCGAGCAUACCAUUGCAUGGGCCCGCGAACUCUUCGAGACUUCCUUUGUUAAGUCUGCAGAGACCGUCAACCUCUACUUGUCUCAGCCUAACUAUCUGGAGACAACACUGAAGCAGGGCGGUAACGAGACACCGACUCUUGAGACUAUCCGCGACUAUCUCGUAACGGAUAAACCUCUAAGUUUCGAAGACUGCAUCAUCUGGGCAAGGAUGCUAUUCGAGAGACAGUAUAACAACGCUAUCCAACAGCUACUUUACAACUUCCCCAAGGACUCGACGUCUUCUAGCGGCACUCCCUUCUGGUCUGGCCCGAAGCGUGCUCCUGACCCAUUGAAGUUUGACCCCAAGAAUCCUACCCACUUCGGCUUCAUCGUCGCAGCCGCUAACCUUCACGCAUUCAACUACAAUAUUAACACUAAGGGAGUAAAUGAAGGCCUUUACUUGAAGGUGCUGGACAACAUGAUCGUCCCAGACUUCUCGCCUGACCCAGGCGUCAAGAUCCAGGCGAGCGACAACGAUCCCGACCCCAACGCCGCGAACAACAAAUCUGCGUUUGAUGACAACAAUGAGAUACAGAAGAUCGUCGACAGUCUCCCUGCUCCUAAUGAGUUGGCUGGUUUUAAGUUAACGCCCGUGGAGUUUGAGAAGGAUGAUGACACGAAUCACCACAUAGAUUUCAUCACUGCCGCAAGUAAUCUACGAGCAGACAAUUACAAGAUCGAGAAGGCCGACCGACACAAGACCAAGUUCAUCGCCGGAAAGAUUAUUCCGGCUAUCGCUACUACAACCGCAUUGGUUACCGGUCUUGUCGUCUUAGAGCUGUACAAGAUCAUCGAUGGGAAGAAUGACAUCGAGCAGUACAAGAACGGCUUUGUUAACCUUGCCUUGCCAUUCUUCGGUUUCAGCGAGCCAAUUUCUAGCCCAAAGGUUGAGUACAAGGGACCGGACGGCAAGGUGACCUUGGACAAGAUUUGGGAUCGAUUUGAGGUGAACGAUAUAACAUUGAGAGAACUUCUUGACGAUUUCGAGAAACGAGGCCUGAACAUUAGCAUGCUGAGCUCUGGAGUGAGUCUUCUGUACGCCAGCUUCUUCGCGCCCGGAAAGUUGAAGGAGCGAUAUAACUUGAAGCUUAGCGAGCUGGUCGAGUCGGUGUCGAAGAAGCCGAUCCCGGAGCACCAGACGGAGCUCAUCUUCGAGAUGGUGGCGGAGGACUUGGACGACCAGGAUGUGGAGGUACCAUACAUCAAGGCUAUCAUCCGGUAGAUGUUUGUUAUUUCCUAUCGAUCUCUCAAUCAUGGAGGCGCCUGGUUCUUGGCAACGAAGGAUGCCUAGUACUCCCCACUCGUACGGUUUAUUGGGGCUUAGCUUCAGAGAUCACGGCGUAGGUGUCCUGUCUUUUAUGCUAUGGUGUUAGCAUGCGCCGUUUGCUCUUUUAGUUUGGCAGCAAUGGGGUCUGUCACAAAGUGCUUAAGACAAAUAGUAGUAAAAUAGAGUUGAUUUUGCUCAU